AACGUCCAUCUCGCCCCUUGCGCCCUCAACACAACCACUUUCUCGACUUUAUCCACCCACCCCCACAACACCCAUCACAAUGUCUGGCAAAGUCGGCGGAAAGGGCGGCAAGGCUGGUGGCAAGGCUGGCGCGGCCGAUUCUGGGAAGGCGCAGUCCCGCUCGUCCAAGGCUGGUCUCCAGUUCCCGGUCGGUCGUGUGCACCGUCUGUUGAAGAAGGGCAACUACGCCCAGCGUGUUGGCGCCGGCGCGCCUGUCUACCUCGCGGCCGUCCUCGAGUAUUUGGCUGCUGAGAUCUUGGAGUUGGCGGGCAACGCGGCGCGCGACAACAAGAAGCAGCGUAUCGUCCCCCGUCACUUGCAGCUCGCCAUCCGGAACGACGAAGAGCUGAACAAGCUCCUCGGCGACGUUGUCAUCUCGCAGGGUGGUGUCGUCCCCCACAUCCAGGCUGAGCUCCUCCCAUCAAAGAGCGGCAAGGGCAAGAAGGAGGACGCCAGCCAGGAGGUCUAAACACCUCCUGUCCCUUUUUCCUGGGUUUCUGUCGCAUUGCAUCUAUGUCUCGGAUUUGUACUAUACCUUGUAAUGUAUUCCCUCUAGCUUACGGGCAUCCUAGCAGUUAUUCAGCACCCUGCACCUCAUGUUAUGAUCUCCUUGUUCCAUGCCCGCCGAUGUAAGUCUUGUGCUUCAUUUCAAAAGCCCCUGCCAGCAGACCAUGGCGUCUUCGUUUUCG